AUGAAUUAAUUCAAAAAUUAUAUCUCAAACAUUCUUCUUGAACCUUCUAUUAAAUCAGAAUUAGAAUAUUUUAUUUAAGAAUUUGAUAAUAAUCCAACUGCUUACGAUUGUAAUUUUUUCAAUAAUAAUUAGUUUUGGUUGAUAAUCCUUAAAGUGUUUAAGAAAACUAUAAAGAAGGAUAUAUAGGAUUAAGUUAAAGAUAUGCUAAGGCAUAUUAAAUGCUCAAAAAUAAAUUUCCAGAAAAUACUCAUCUCAUUUAAUAUUAGCAUUAAUUAUAUGAAUUGGGUAAUUUAUUUAUUAUUUUAUGUCUAGGAACCUUUUAUUUACAUUGGUAAGCUUUUUUGCCAACAAUUCAAAUGUUGGGGACUCAAUAAUAAGUGAAUUAUUGGUCAGAUCUUUCCUUCAAAUAUGAAAUUCGUGGAGCCUAUGCUUAAACAGAAGUAGGACAUGGUUCAGAUGUAUAAGGUUUAUAAACUAUAGCAGUUUUUGAAAAUAAUUCUUUUGUAAUCAAUACUCCAACUGCAUCUUCAUUUAAAUUUUGGCCAGGGUAACUGGGUAUCUUUGCCACUCAUGCUGUUGUACAAGCCAGAACUAAUGUAAAUGGAAAAGAUAUAGGAAUACAAACAUUUGUAGUUCCUAUUCGUGAACCUAAAACUCUUAAAGCUUUCGAAGGUGUUGAUGUUGGAGAUAUUGGACCUAAAUUAGGAUUCUUAAGGGCUGAUAAUGGAUUUUUAGGAUUAAAAAAUGUUCGCAUAGAUAGAAAUAAUAUGUUAAUGAGAUAUACUUAAAUUGAUGAAACUGGAAAUAUUACUACAUCAUCUAAAAAUGCAAUCAAAUAUGGAUAUGGUAGUAUGCUUAAUUUAAGAGUGGGUUUAGUUAAUGUAUUCUCUAUUUUUGGAUUAUUUACUAAUAAUUUAGCUUAUUAUUAAGUUAAACCCUUAUUAAAAACUUAAUCAAUAGAAAAUGAAGCCAUCAUGUUUAAAUUAUUAAGAAGUUAUGUAGUUUAAUAUGCUCAAAUAAUAGCUAAUGCUUAAGUUAAAGAUAUAUUUAUUCAAUUUCAAAAAUAACUCAAAGUAAAUGAUAAAUAAACCAAUGAAACUUUAUAACUUGUUCAUCUAUAUUCUAGUUAAAUGAAAAGUAUCUCUGGAUGGGAAGCCGUCAAAACUUCAAGAGAAGCUAUGUAAAUUACACCAUUUGGACAUUUAAAUGCAUCUGAUUUAACAGUUAUUUAUGCUGAUAAUGUUCCAUUCGUUACUUAUGAAGGAGAUAAUAAUGUUUUAAUGUAACAAACUGCUUAAUACUUAUUAAAACAAUUCAGUAAAGUGAGUACAGGAAAUUCAUUAUUUACUGGCAUGGCUUCUUAUUUUAAUAAAUAUACCUAAGAAAACAAUCAUAAAUCAAUAUUAUAAAAUUAGGAGGAAAUUUUAGAAAGAUUGAGUUUCUAAUAUUGCAAAAAGACUAUGGAAAACUUCUAAAAUAGUUUGUCUAAUGGUCAUUCUCUAUAAUUAUCAUGGAACGAGUUAAAUUAAUGCGAAUUAAUUAAAGCAUCUAUUAUUUUUGGAUAUACUAAUAUUUAUAAAUUAAUGGGAGCAUAGAUAAAAAACAGUGGUUAUAAUUUGGAAUUGUUAAAAAUACAUAAAUUAUUAGGGCUCUUCAUAAUAUUAGAAAAUAGAACAACAAUUGUAUCAUUUGGAAUUGCUGAUUUCAAUCAAGUUGAAUUAUUAGCUGAAAUAGAUCAAUAAUUUAAUAAUAGUAAUAAAUUGGGUAAAUAUUUAUAUAAAUUUAUAAAUAGAAUUUUUGGAAUAUUUAUCUAAUGGAAUAGGUAUGUAUAGAUAAAGAAACUUUAUAAAUAUCAAUUGGGAUAAACUAUAUUUAUAAGCUAGAUUAUGAUUAUAAAUCANCAAGCCAGAACUAAUGUAAAUGGAAAAGAUAUAGGAAUACAAACAUUUGUAGUUCCUAUUCGUGAACCUAAAACUCUUAAAGCUUUCGAAGGUGUUGAUGUUGGAGAUAUUGGACCUAAAUUAGGAUUCUUAAGGGCUGAUAAUGGAUUUUUAGGAUUAAAAAAUGUUCGCAUAGAUAGAAAUAAUAUGUUAAUGAGAUAUACUUAAAUUGAUGAAACUGGAAAUAUUACUACAUCAUCUAAAAAUGCAAUCAAAUAUGGAUAUGGUAGUAUGCUUAAUUUAAGAGUGGGUUUAGUUAAUGUAUUCUCUAUUUUUGGAUUAUUUACUAAUAAUUUAGCUUAUUAUUAAGUUAAACCCUUAUUAAAAACUUAAUCAAUAGAAAAUGAAGCCAUCAUGUUUAAAUUAUUAAGAAGUUAUGUAGUUUAAUAUGCUCAAAUAAUAGCUAAUGCUUAAGUUAAAGAUAUAUUUAUUCAAUUUCAAAAAUAACUCAAAGUAAAUGAUAAAUAAACCAAUGAAACUUUAUAACUUGUUCAUCUAUAUUCUAGUUAAAUGAAAAGUAUCUCUGGAUGGGAAGCCGUCAAAACUUCAAGAGAAGCUAUGUAAAUUACACCAUUUGGACAUUUAAAUGCAUCUGAUUUAACAGUUAUUUAUGCUGAUAAUGUUCCAUUCGUUACUUAUGAAGGAGAUAAUAAUGUUUUAAUGUAACAAACUGCUUAAUACUUAUUAAAACAAUUCAGUAAAGUGAGUACAGGAAAUUCAUUAUUUACUGGCAUGGCUUCUUAUUUUAAUAAAUAUACCUAAGAAAACAAUCAUAAAUCAAUAUUAUAAAAUUAGGAGGAAAUUUUAGAAAGAUUGAGUUUCUAAUAUUGCAAAAAGACUAUGGAAAACUUCUAAAAUAGUUUGUCUAAUGGUCAUUCUCUAUAAUUAUCAUGGAACGAGUUAAAUUAAUGCGAAUUAAUUAAAGCAUCUAUUAUUUUUGGAUAUACUAAUAUUUAUAAAUUAAUGGGAGCAUAGAUAAAAAACAGUGGUUAUAAUUUGGAAUUGUUAAAAAUACAUAAAUUAUUAGGGCUCUUCAUAAUAUUAGAAAAUAGAACAACAAUUGUAUCAUUUGGAAUUGCUGAUUUCAAUCAAGUUGAAUUAUUAGCUGAAAUAGAUCAAUAAUUUAAUAAUAGUAAUAAAUUGGGUAAAUAUUUAUAUAAAUUUAUAAAUAGAAUUUUUGGAAUAUUUAUCUAAUGGAAUAGGUAUGUAUAGAUAAAGAAACUUUAUAAAUAUCAAUUGGGAUAAACUAUAUUUAUAAGCUAGAUUAUGA